CAGCGGGAGGGAGGGAUAGGAAGGCGUGGCUCGGCUGUCUGCGGCGUUAUAAGGCGGUGGUGGUGAAGGCGUGGCACCAUUCCCGCCCUCGCCGCCCUCUCAUCGCCGCCCUCACACCGCCGCUACCACCAACACCAUGAAGUGCUUUGUGCUCACUCUGUUCUGCCUGGUCGCCCUGGUCGCCGCACGGCCCGAAAGCGUGUUCGACUUUGAUCUGGAAGACAUCCACCAGGACAUGGACAUCUCUGACGACGCUACCAUCACCGGCACCUACCGCUGGAGGUCCCCCGAGGGCGAUGAGUACUUCGUGCGCUACGUCGCCGACGAUGACGGCUACCGUGUGCUGGAGUCCAACGCUGUGCCCGUCACCGCCGACGGCACUCCCGCCAACGGCGCCCAGGGAUCCUUCUCCUCCGAGGAGGACGACAGCCGAUUUGAUUAAGUUCCUCAACGACCAAGCUGACCACCGCGCUCGACGACCUCUUCUCUCACAAGGCCCGCAGGAACCAGACUGCCUCCACGCGCCACAGCCACGCCUGUGCCUGCAGCCUUCCUCUUCCCUGAAGCAUGACGCGCGGCACAGCGUCCAGCUGGUGCCUCGCCGAGCAACAGGUUGCGGUGUCACGUCCCCCGGCCAAUUCUUUCUCUUCUCCUCUCUGUCUUCCUCAGUAUUUAUAGGAAAUAUACUUUCCAAAAUCCAA